CAAGAACAGCAAGAGCAGAACAACGACCAGUCGCAGCAAGAAUGGGAGACUAUGGCGCGUGCAUGGCUGAGCUCGUUCGCGGAGGCGAAGGAAGUGACGAUGCCGGAGGUUGAGGCAUGGCUCGACGCCAACCUCGCUUCUCUCCCCGAAGGUCUCCGAUCCAUGCCUCGCUCCGAUCUCUGCCUCAGACUCAUCUCCAUUCAGAACUGCAUGAGGCUCCCUUCCCAAAACCCCGAGGAAAAGGAAGUAAAUCAGCUUGAUCUUCCAAAUGCACGGUUUCAACGCACGGAUCAAUGGUUACCAGUUUAUUCAUGGUUAGAAACUUUGGAUAAAGAUGAGGUGGUUAAGUCCAAGGAUAUUUCUGAGUGGUUAACAGAGAACCCUAAGGUCCAAGAACAGUUAUGCUCAAGGCAUUCUAAAUAUCAUUUGAUGCACUACAUCAAAAAAUGCCAUUUAAAGAUAUUGAAAAGAAGGGAAAAGAAAAAGGGUAUAGAAAAGCUUGAGAAAGACACUUCAUUGAUGGUUCAUAAAGAUGUAGCGAUGAAACACGCAUCCCCGGUUCCAAGUUGUUCCAUAAAUAAUCUGCCCAAAGAUAGCGAUUUGUACGUGGCCAAAAGAAACGAAGCCUAUCAAAAAUACGAGAUUUUAGUGGAGUUGGAGAAGUUGCUCUCCCCAAUAUUCCCGAAGCAGCAUACUAUGGUAUAAACUAGUGAAACAGUCGCGGAACAAUGACCGGGAACUUCCUUCUGUGGCGCCACUCCAGGGGUAGGCUUGAAGCAAUGCUGCUGCUUCACAACAUUUAUCUUUGAAGGUAAGAAAACCAUUCGCCACAGGGAGUGAUGGUAGUUCAUAUUUGCUGUAGUCUUAUUUGUAGCAAAUUUAUAUUUCUAUUGGAUGACCACUACAUCAACUUAGGAAAUCAUGGAUCAGCAUUCAUCUACGUUGUGAGUAAUUCAUCAUUUUCAUCAAGUUAGGUAAUGAAUGAAUGAUGCGUCUCAGGUUUAACCGGGUCAAUUGCAUGAUUCCUUACUCUGGGUAUCUUGUGCAAUGUUUUCUAAGUUUUCAUUUUACA